ACAGGAAAGGUCACAUCGCGGGCCUUUUGAAGGGCGUCAGACUUGGACGACUUGACGCAAAGUAUUUCAAGGAAGAGGUGUCAAAGCACCCUUACGUAACUGAAAACGAGGCGUGCAGACCCGUGAUCUUGGAGACGCUCAAAUUCCUGGACGACGUGGAAAGGUUGACGAAGGAAGACAAGGAAUUCGUGACACCAAGGAUUGCCUACCCGCGAAUCCCACAGGACAUUCUUUUUGCUAUUGGCGGGUAUCGCGACGGAAGGCUUUCAGAUGUGAUCGAAGCGUACGACGUACGAGCAGACCGGUGGACUGUGGUGGAAGGGGUCGACUCGAUCGGUCCUCGAAUGAACCAUCGCACGGCAGUGGUCGGUUUCGACAUUUACGUCAUCGGUGGUCACGACGGCGAUGAAGUCUCUAACUCAUGUUUCUGCUUCAACGCUGUUACGAAGAAAUGCCGCGAGAUAUCGCCUAUGCAUGUCCGAAGAUGCUGUUUAAGUGUGGCUGUUCUGCGAGGUUCAGUGUACGCCAUGGGCGGUGAAGGUAAUUAUGAGACUCACAGAACGGCGGAAAGAUACGACUGCAAGGCGAACCAGUGGUCGUGGAUCGCUCCGAUGAAGAUAGGGCGAGAAAAUGCAAGUUCGGCUGUGCUGAAUGGCAAAAUAUACGUCGCUGGUGGAAGAGAUGGUCAGAAUUCUCUAAACUCGGUGGAAGUUUAUGACCCGGACACCAACAGAUGGACGUUCGUUGCACCGAUGCUCUCUCGACAUGACUCUUUAUCUUGUGUCGAGUUCCACGGCUCCCUGUACGCCCUGGGAGGACAUAACGGGACAUCUUACAAGCUCAGUACCGAGAAGUAUGACCCUAAGGAAGGCGCGUGGACCGAGAUCCCUGCCAUGAACUUGUAUGAAUUUGAAUUAAACGCAGAAGUCAUCGACGAUAAGAUCUUCGUCAUCUGUGAUUAUUAUGACCCGAAGUAUUUCUUCCACCGUGUCGCAUCUUUCAAUGACAAGGAAAAUCGAUGGGACAAGGCGGCAGACAUGAACGUUUGUAGAUCCGGGAUGUCGACUUGUGUCAUCGAGAACCUACCGAAUGCAAGCGAUUACGCCUACAAGCACAGAGAGAAAUUAAUGGUGGAGAAACAUAAAGAAAUGUUGAAGGGGAAAUGUAACCGUCCUUCCACACACACACACUCGUCCUUCUUCUGAUGUAGUCACGGGUUCGAACCCAGUAGCUAGGCCGGCGCUGGUGGGGUUACAACGUUUGUUACUUCGGUGCGCGGAAGGUGUUAAAGGUUUUCUCAGGAUACCUUGACAUAGAUUCAGUCGGUGGGCGAGGAUCUCCGACCCUCAGGGAUAAAUACGGAGAGGUCUUAAUUGGAGCGGCGCUCGCGGGAGGGCAGCGACGUCGCUGAGCUGGUGCAAUUCUUCACGACACAGUUGUUAAAAAUCACUAAAUUUAUUCACGAAAUGAGACGCACUGAUGCAAAGACACAAUUAUGUUGAUAUUCAGGCAUUGCAAUGAAUCGGCUGUUUAUGUACGACUUGAAGACUGUCCUUAAAUUUUGAAUUGAAUGCGGCGAUCCGAUUCGACACCCGAAAUCACCCCCAUGACGUCGGAAACGCUCCGAAAAACCACGAGGCGUCUGUUCUAGAGCAAACGUCAUUCAAUAUCUGGAAAGGCUUAAAGUUUUCGCCUCGUAAACAACUUUUACGAGUACGAAAGCUUUGUGAGUGUCACGGGAGGUCUCGAGGAUUGUCGCUACUCUCUUCCAAUUUAAAUAUAUUAAACAAUGCCCUAAAUUCAUAAAAUCAAUUACAUUUGGAUUAAAUAAGGCGUUCCAAAUAUAAUUUCAUCACGCGUCCUUCGUUUGUAUAAACAGGAUUAAUAUGCCAAAGCCUGGUUAUCUCUUCAUCUCAAGGUUGACCCGAUAGGUAAUCGAACUACGAACCUGGACUGGAACAGGAAAAUCAGUAGUUUGCGGUUGAUUACAACCGCGACGAACACAUUCAUUUUAA